AUGGCUCUGCUGUGGGUGUUGAGCUGCCUGGCGCUGGCGGGCUUUGCCCGUGCCGCCCUCCCUGAGGACUGCGGCGUGCCCGCCAUCCCACCCGUCAUCCGUGGCUACACCCGCAUUGUCAACGGCGAGCCGGCGGUGCCAGGGUCCUGGCCGUGGCAGGUGUCCCUCCAGCGCUACGACGGCUUCCACUUCUGCGGCGGCUCCCUGAUCAGCGAGAACUGGGUGGUCACCGCUGCCCACUGCGGCGUCAGGAAAACCGACACCGUGGUGGUGGGCGCCUACGACCAGGACGCACCCGGCCCUGAUCAGCAGAAACUGAAAAUCGAGAAGGUCUUCAAGAACCCCAAGUUCAACAUGCUGACCAUCCACGACGACAUCACCCUGAUCAAACUGGCCACUCCGGCGCAGCUGUCGGAUCGCGUGUCCCCCGUCUGCCUGCCCAAGGCCACCGAUGAAUUCCCGGGGGGGAUGACCUGCGUCACCACUGGCUGGGGGCUCACUGACUCCAGUG